AUGCCACUGACUUUGACUCAACCAUGCUCCUGGACUUUCCUGAUGCUGUUUCUGUCAAACCUCCUCCUGUGGGAGGGGGUGGCAUCUGCGCCCAUGAAUAUCAGUGACGCUGGCCUUAGUGAAGUGUCCCUCAAAGAUUUGCUGAAAAAUGCCCUUAUACUGGCUGAGAACAUCAGUGACCUUGCUACAGACAUGCGCCGAGAAUUUAUGUUAAGCUUGCAAUGGGACGUGAAAAUGGGUAAAGUCUUAAAACACUGCCACAUUCUUCCCAUCGAAUCUCCAAGCACAGUAGAGGAACUCAGGAAGAAACUGUCUGAAGACAUUUUGAAUACGACACUACUUAUCCUUCGUGACUGGAAAGAUCCUCUGAAAUAUCUAGUGAAACAACUCAAUGCUAUGCCAGGAGUCCCUGAUGUUAUCCUAUCAAUGGCAGAAGCCAUUGAGGACCAACACAAAAUUUUUCUAGAACAUAUCAUGAAGAUAGUACCUAAGGUGAAUCCUGCAAUCCAAGAAAAUGAAGCCUCCCCAGUCUGGUUAGAUGUGAGAGCUUUGCAGAUAACUGAUGAAGAAACUCAAUUUUUCGCUCUUUAUAUGUUUUCGCUCUGCCUGCAGCUUGACCUACAAGUAGUUGAAUAUUAUGUCCAUCUCCUGAAAUGUGUGCAUGUGGAUGGUGAUAUCUGCUUCUUUCCUACACGUGGUCCACCUUUAUGA